CCCACCGCGGAAGUCGGAAGCUACCACCUUGUGUAGCCCGGUUGGCUUCGCUGUGGGGAGAGCACCGGUAAAGUAGCAAAGCCACUUCACAGUGAAUGAGGGACUGCUGUCCACAGAUAGGAGGAGCGGCCCGCCAUGGGAAUUGCCUACUCUGUUGUCAAAGUCAGUAUAAUUUAAAACAGUGGUUCUCACAUGAAGUGGUGGAGGCAUCCAGGAUCAAAUGACCCUGUCAUAGGAGUCCCCUAAGACCAUUGGAAAACACAGUUCUCCUGUAGGAAGCUGUGAGGAAGACCACAAUACAUGCCACGAAUGCCGUGACUUAUGAUGAUGUGCAUGUCAACUUCACUCGGGAAGAGUGGGCUUUGCUGGAUCUCUCCCAGAAGAAUCUCUACAAAGAUGUGAUGCUGGAAACCUAUAGGAACCUCACUGCUAUAGGCUACAUUUGGGAAGACCAUAAUAUUGAAGAACCUUGUCAAAGUUCUAGAAGACACGGAAGGUUUCUACUUCGUUGGGAAUCCAUCAGUAAACUACACUGCAGAAAAGCUCUCCCUGGAAGAAGUCCUGCUGAAGAGAAACCCUGUGAAUAUACUCACCGUGCCAAGGCAUUGCCAUCUCACAGUCAUCUUCAACGGCAUGAAAUAAUUCCCAGAGGAAGAAAGCGCAAUGAAUGUAGUCAGUGUGGUAAAGCCUUUGCAAAUCACAGUUAUCUUCGAAUACAUAAAAGAACACACACUGGAGAGAAACCCUGUGAAUGUAAGCAAUGUGGUAAAGCCUUUGCACAUCUUAGCAGCCUCCAAAGACAUAAAAGAACACAUACUGGAGAAAAACCCUACAAAUGUAAUCAAUGUGAAAAAGCCUUUUCACAACCCACUAGUCUCCAAAUACAUAUAAGAACGCAUACUGGAGAGAAGCCCUAUGUAUGUUAUCAAUGUGGUAAAGCCUUUUCACAACACAAUAUUCUCCGUGUACAUAAAAGAACGCAUACGGGAGAGAAACCCUACAAAUGUAAUGAAUGUGGUGAAGGCUUUGCACGUCACAGUCAUCUUCAAAAGCAUGAGAGAAUGCAUACUGGAGAGAAGCCCUACAAAUGUAAUGAAUGUGGUGAGUCCUUUGCACGCCACAGUUAUCUUCAAAGGCAUGAAAGAAUUCAUACUGGAGAGAAGCCCUAUGAAUGCAGUCACUGUGGUAAAGCCUUUGCACAUAACAGUUACCUCCGAAUACAUGAAAGAACACAUACUGGAGAGAAACCCUAUGAAUGUAGUCAGUGUGGUAAAGCUUUUGCACGUCACACUAGUCUCCGAAUACAUAAAAAAAUUCAUAGUGGAGAGAAACCCUAUAAAUGUAAUCAAUGUGAUAAAGCCUUUUCAGAACACAGUUAUCUUCGAAUUCAUAAAAGAAUACAUACUGGAGAGAAACCCUACCAAUGUACUCAGUGUUGUAAAGCGUUUGCACAUCACAGAAGUCUCCAAAUACAUAAAAGAACACAUACUGAAGGAAACCCUAUGAAUGCAAGUAAUAUAGUUAACCCUUUGUAUGUAACAUUAAUCUUUGAAGUCAUGAAAAAAAAUCUUACUGGAGAGAAACUCUAAAAAUGUAGUCCGUGUAGUAAAGUCAUUGCACUUCGUGAGUCUUUAUGCAAGAGGAAAACCUUUAGUGUAACCAAUCUGCUAUAGACUUUGCAUAUAACAGUAAUCUUUGAGACCCUGAAAGAACUCAUACUAAAGGGAAUCAAAGGGAUUGCAAAGGAUUUGGUAAGGACUUCAGCCAACACACUUACAGUUAAACAAGAUUUUUUAUUCUGAAGAAAAAAUUCUGCAAAGUGUCAACAAUCUGUUCAAGCAUGAUGAUGUACUUCAUUAUUUUAUUUGCUCCUAUAAACUCAUGUGUACAAAAGCCGAAUGAAUUUAAAUGAUAAGGUAACCCUUUUUGAUUUUACACUUUUCUUCAAUUAUGUGAAAUAAUUCAUCUAGGUGUGAAACUUAAUGGAUGUGGUGGCCCCUCCAAGUCUUCCAGUCUUCCUCUUCUUCUCCUCUUCCUCCUCCUUCUUCUUCUUCCUCUUCCUCUUCUUCCUCCUCCUCCUCUUCCUCCCCUUUCUCCUCUU